UAUAUAUAUAUAUAUAUAUAUAUAUGUAAUUGUUAAGCUUAAUAGUACUCUUCUCUUGUCUUCUUUCUUUCUUUGCAAUAUAUAGAGAUAUAUAGUUUAAAUUUUUGUAAUCUCUUGAGAAUUAAGUGAUUCAUUGAUGAAAGGAAGAAGAAUUCAGCAAUCAAGUCCGGUAGGAAGCCCACCAUCAGACACAGAGUCAAGUGCCGUGGCCGGAAACUCGUUGGACAACGGCUCGAAAGAACAAGACAGGUUCCUUCCCAUAGCCAAUGUCAGCCGUAUCAUGAAGAAGUCUCUCCCCGGCAACGCCAAGAUAUCGAAAGAAGCUAAAGAGACAGUGCAAGAAUGUGUUUCUGAGUUCAUUAGCUUCAUCACCGGUGAAGCCUCCGACAAGUGUCAAAGAGAAAAGAGAAAAACCAUUAAUGGUGAUGACCUUCUUUGGGCCAUGACAAUAUUAGGGUUUGAAAACUAUGUAAGCCCUCUCAAGAUAUAUCUCAACAAGUAUAGAGAAACUGAAGAUGAGAAGAGCUCCAUGGCAAGACAAGGUAAUUAUGAAUAUCAUCACUCACCUGCUACUCAUCAUGAGAAGUUCACUGGUUAUACUGGAAAAGGGAUGAGUGGUGGUGGUGCUGGUCUUACACAAGGGUUCAUGGGACAUGGAGGAGGUGGAGAUGAAGAUGGUGAUGGUGAUGGUGAUGGUGAUGGUGAUGUUCAUAGAGUUCAGUGGUGAAGGAUGAUGAAAGAAUAGUUACAGCUCUAGUGCAUGAUACUGUUGCUUAAUUAUUCUUAGCUUUAACUUCUCUGUGUCUCUAUGAAAGUUAUUCUUCUUUUACUUUUCUAAUAUGAAUUCAUAUAUAAAGUGGUAUUUUAUGAUUC